AUGGACACUGAGAACUCUCCCUACGAGCCCCUCCAGGGCCUUAUUGACCAAGAUGAUAACGCUAUUGAGCGCUCGCUAGAGUGGCUUCUGGCGGACCUCAAUGGAAACAAUGGCUCUCUGCCUGCACACACCGAGAUGAAUACGGAACGGCAGCCAACGGCACGUGGGAAUAUGAAUGCUCGAGGCGAGGAUAAGGAUCAAGACAUUCACCAAAUCGAAGAAGAUGGAUCAAGCAUCUCCAGACUUUCUCAGCCUAACUACAGGUUUGAGGUUGCGAUACCGGAAAUGCCUAUUGAGAAGCGUAAGGAGCACUCGCCCGUUCAUAGCAAUAUCGUCGAGUUCAUAUCUGGGGAGCUCCCGCCAACUCGUGGCAUGAUCAAGUAUCGUGUUGAGUUUACAGAUGGGCGACAAGAGUUGAUAUCUACAGCUGAACUCGUUAACCUUGAGAACGGAAGAGCUGCAUUGGCCCGAUUCAGCCAAGGCCUAUGGCCUCACGAACUUGAUGACAUGUCUGCCCGCAAGCGAAAGUACAUGCAGGACGAUGAGUGGGACUCUGGACAGGAGUCUGCUGUUUCCGACCGUAUGGACAUUGAUGAGGAGGUGGAGGAUGAUGAUGACGAAGAGCCCGUCCAGAGAAAGCGUUCGUCUCGAAGCGUAUCCCGAUGCCUUCGCUCUAGAGAGAACACCAAGCAACUUUCCCGUAGUCCUGCUCCGGUGGUAGACGAAGACGACCUGGACGAUCUACAGCCAGAGCCUUUAGGGGCCACCAGAUCGUUGAGAACUCGACAUCCAAGACAACUGACUCGUAUGUCCUUUAAGAACGGCAUCAAUAGUCAAGACCAGGAUGAACUGCUCGGAGAUGCCCCCCUUGUUUCGUCAGGCGAGGAAGAUGAUGAUUUCAUGCCUAUCGUUGUCUCCGAUCUUGCACCCAGGAAAGGUCGUCCUACUAGGUCGCGACAGAAGUCAAAACGUCUUAGCACUGCGAGUAUGCGACAAAAGGCUCGGUCUCAAUUGCGCCAGAAGUCCCCUGACUCAGAUAUUGAGUUUGAAGCACCUCGACGUUCCUCCAGAGCCACAAGGAACACCCUGAACAUGCGAGAUGAUGCCCAAAUGGAUGAGGAUUCCUUCUAUAUUGCCGAUGACAGGGCCCCAGGCGCUCCGAAGAUUAUCUCAAUCAGAGAGGUUUUUCAACCUCUUCCUGCCGACUCAGAGUUUGCUUCGAUGCACAUGGAUACCUGCCACACCUGCGGAGGCUCACGACAACGGGGCCAAAUGAUUCACUGUCAGGGCUGCACAUUGUCUUACCACAAGAAUUGCCUGGGAUACCGCAGUGCUCGCGAGCAUAUGGUUACCAAGGUCGGUCAGGAUGACUUCGUCAUGCAGUGCAGGUUCUGCAUUGGCGUCCUAAAUAAGAAGGAUGAUGGUGCUCCCAGGUAUAGCAUGUGUCAGGCAUGCAAGUCUCCAGGCCGCAGCUGCGCUGCCUUUUCUGAAAAGAAGACAUCUCGGCAGGAGGAGAAGCUUCGUGAACAGAACGGUGGCGUUGACCCAGUCACUCAGGUUCCUCCGGACCUUCUUAACAACGCUGAUGCGGUCCUCUUCCGAUGUACUUUGUGUCGUCGGGGCUGGCACGUUGAUCAUCUUCCGGGCGCUAGAGGCGGAACAAUCGGAACAGAUCUUAAGUCCGAGCGCCUGAAAGACCAUUCCAUCGACUGGCAAUGCAAAGAGUGUGCAAAUGCCAGGCACAAGAUUCAUCGGCUGGUGGCAUGGCGUCCGGUAUCAACAGAGCUUGCCAAGCAAGAUCCUCGACCAAUGUAUACUGAGGUUCGAGAGGACGACAAGGAGUAUCUGAUCAAGUGGGAAAGUCGAUCUUAUGCUCACUGUGACUGGAAGCCGGGCGCGUGGGUGUACGGUGUAGCAGCGCCCACGAUGCGCACUUCCUUCGGCAAAAGAGACCUCGAGCAGGGUUUAAUGAAACUCAGCGAGCGAGAGGCUAUUCCAGAUGAGUUUCUUAUACCGGAUAUAGUUCUCAACGCCAGAUUGGACCCAUCGGCCCCAAGACCAAAGACAAAACAAGACGAAAUAGAGAACUUGGCCAACGUCAGCAAAAUCUUUGUCAAGUUUCAAGGUCUUGGCUACGACGAUGUUGUGUGGGAUACGCCGCCAUCAGAGGAUGCAUGCGAUAUCUAUGCCUCCUUUGUGGAGGCUUACUACGAGUAUAUUGAGGGCAAACACUUCAAGAGUGAAUCUCAGCACAAGAUCAGAGAACGAGUCAAGGCUUACAAAGCCGAGCCGUUCGAGGAGUUGGAAGAGCAACCUGCCGGCCUCAAACGUGGAAAGCUCAUGGGAUACCAGAUUGAAGGAGUUAAUUGGUUGUUGGGGAACUACCACUCAGGUCGCAGUGUGGUUCUCGCAGAUGAGAUGGGCUUAGGAAAGACGGUCCAAGUCGUAGGCCUUGUGACUUCAUUAGUCCAAGACAGCCCUAAGUGCUGGCCUUUUCUUGUCGUUGUUCCAAAUGCUACAUGUCCGAAUUGGCGACGUGAGUUCAAGCAAUGGGUGCCAGAGCUCCGAGUGGUCGCUUAUCAUGGCGGGAGAGAACCACAGGCACUUGCUUACAAGUACGAGCUGUUCCCCAACGGAUCUACUGACAUGAAGGCACACGUUGUGAUCAUGUCCUAUGAUUCAGCGCAGGACCCCGCGACAAAGGCUCUCUUCAAGUCUAUCAACUGGGCAGGGCUUGUGGUUGACGAGGGCCAGCGCCUGAAGAACGACCAGAACAUUUUGUAUGGCGCCCUUCGCUCAAUGCGAAUUCCGUUUCGACUUCUACUUACUGGCACACCACUCCAGAACAACAAGAGGGAGCUGUUCAAUCUUUUACAGUUCAUUGAUGAGAAGCAGAAUGCCGAAGAACUGGACGCAGAGUAUGCGGUUCUUGAUAAGGAGACGCUACCCAAGUUGCACAACAAGAUUCGACCAUACUUCCUCCGCCGAACCAAAGCAGGUGUUCUCAAAUUUUUGCCUCCCAUGACACAAAUCAUUCUGCCGGUCACGAUGACUGUGAUUCAAGAGAAGCUUUCAAAGAGUAUCAUGGCCAAAAAUCCAGAGCUCAUCAAGGCCAUGUUCUCCAACACCAAGAUGAACAAGAAGGAACGUGGAUCUCUCAACAAUAUUUUAAUGCAGCUGCGGAAAUGCCUCUGUCACCCUUUCAUGUACUCCGAAGCUAUUGAAGAGCGUCACCAUGAUCAAACAGUAAUUCAACGCAACCUGAUCGAGGCAUCGGCCAAGCUCCUACUUCUCCGAGUCAUGCUUCCCAAACUCCAGGAAAGAGGACAUCGCGUGUUGAUCUUCAGCCAGUUUUUACAACAACUAAAUAUCAUUGAGGAUUUCCUCAGUGGCCUAGGCUACGAUUUUCGCCGCCUCGAUGGCAGUAUCAGUAGUCUGGAAAAACAACGCCGCAUUGAUGCUUUCAACGCCCCUGACUCGCCUAUCUUUGCGUUUCUGCUUUCGACACGAGCCGGUGGUGUUGGCAUAAAUCUUGCUACUGCAGAUACAGUCAUCAUCCUCGAUCCUGAUUUCAACCCACACCAGGAUAUCCAGGCAUUGUCCCGUGCUCACCGUAUUGGACAGAAAAAGAAGGUCCUUUGCUUCCAACUUAUGACUGUAGACUCGGUCGAAGAAAGAAUUAUGCAAAUCGGUAAGAAGAAGAUGGCCUUGGAUCAUGCUCUGAUCGAAAGCAUGGACGACGACGAACUUGCCGGUGAUGAUCUAGAGUCAAUAUUGAAACACGGCGCCCAAGCCUUGUUUAACGAUGACUAUGAAAAGAAGUCUAUCCACUAUGAUUCUGCUGCUGUGGAUGCACUUCUAGAUCGAACAGACGACACAGAAAGCAAACCUGAUGAUGGCGCAUCGUUCUCUUACACCAAGGUGUGGUCCAACGAUAAGUCCGGCUUCGACGCUGGACUUGCUACCGAAGAGAUGGCCGAGCCAGAAGCUAUCAACUCAAGCGUCUGGGAUCGUAUUCUGGCUCAACGUGAGGCAGAAGCACAGCGUCAAGCUGAAGUAAAUCGGGAGGUUCUGGGUCGCGGUGGUCGACGUCGACUGGCUAUCAACUACAAGACGAACGUCCUAGAUAACCCUAUCCCUGGCGAUGCCGAAGCUGAGCCGUCAGACUCCUCUGAUGACUUUGCUGGUGGUGACUCUGGAGAAGAGUCUGAGGAGGAAGAUCCGUCACUGGCAAAAGACACCGAAGCAGACCUCCAAACCCUCCAAGCAUCGAACGCCCGUAACGCCAGACCGCAGCAAGUCAUUGGCGAACAGCAAAAAGCCAGUCGCAAGAGCCAGCAAGAAACACCAAACAACCACACCAAACAGCAAAAGCAGCAGCCAACGUGGCAAAUCGGGAACACCCAAAACCCCAAGCAGCAAGGGAGUAUCCAAGACAAUGGCACAGCGACCCCCAGCUACCCCAUGCAAAACUCCUACCGUCAAGGCAGUGGACCAGUAAAUACCGGAAUGCCCAUUGACUUCACCCGAUAUAUCAAGGGUAAUUACCUCUACGAGAGCAAAUCUACAGACCCUGUACCACCUGAGCGGGUGAUUCCCACCCAACCUCAUGCUCCUAAUAGCCACAUAGUUGAUUACAGAAACAUUCGCCUCCGCUCAGAAGCCGAAGUAAGAGUAGCCCUUGAUUGGGUCCAACGUUCGGAACCUGAGACUGAGGUCAGGAAACAAUACAAGGCGGUUCUACUAAACCGUCUAAGGUCGCUUACCGGUAAAAGCGGAACGCAGCACAAAUGA